CACCGGCAAGCCUUAUCCAUCCACCCGAUUCCAACCCUGCCCCCGCCCCCCGCCGACCCCCGGUCGCGGCCUCCCACCUCCUCCCGAGGACCGCCGCCACCCGAGCAACCGCGCGAGGCCGCGAGGACCGCGCGACGCCGACGCCUGCGCGCUGCGAGGACGCGAGCCCAGUCGGCCGCCGCGCCGCCGCCGAGAGCCCCCGCGCGGUUCUGUCGCCGCCGCCGCCGCCGGUCCUGUCCUCCCAUCUUCCACUCAUUUGGUGAUUGCAAUGUCGACUCCGGGAGAUAGUGGUAGCGGCGCCCCUCUUUCAAUCCACGGCGAACGCCGCCGCCGCCGCGGCGGCGGUUCCGGCUCCGGCGAGGAGGACUGCAUCAGCGGCCUCCCCGACGCGCUGCUGCACGAGAUCCUGGUCCGCCUCCGCUCCGCCGCCGCCGCCGCGCGCACCAGCGUGCUGUCCCGCCGCUGGCGCCGCGUCUGGGCGCACCUGCCCGAGCUCCACCUCGUCGCGCCGCCAGCGGCGGCGCCAACCUCGUUCCCUGCCACCGUCGACGCCGCCCUCGGCGGCUACCUAGCCCCUACCCUCGAGCGCCUUGGCGUCUCCCACACCACCGACCAACAUUGGCGCAACCUCCGCAUUUCGGCCGGGCGCAUUGCGCCGUGGCUCCGCUUCGCAGCGGAGCGCGUGGUGGGCGAGCUCAAUCUCUAUCUCUGUGUGCCUCAGAUUUUCGCCGUUUCGACACCGGAAGUCGUCGACGAGGAGGCAGCGCUUGAGCUUCCGGUGUGUCAGCGAGCGAAACGAAUCCAGCUCCAUCUUCAGUAUGCAUAUACAACGUGGCUCCGCCCCCAGGCAUCCGGCCUGCUGUUCGCGGCGCUCACGUCCCUGAAGAUAGAUGGCUAUGUCCACAUGCAAGGCAGCGAUCUCACAGCCCUUGUGAGCAUGCAGUGCCCGUGCUUGAGGGACCUGGAUCUUUUCAUUACGCUGAUUGCCAUCUUUGAUGUCUCCAUUCACUCCAACUCGUUGCAUAGACUGAUGCUCAACGUCUUAGAGACAAGGCAUCUAGAGAUUUCGGCCCCAAGUCUUGAAGAGCUCGUAAUAUCUAAUCCGCCUAUGGAGGCUCAGAUCUCUGCUCCGAAGCUUGUCAAGGUAGCUUGGGAUUAUCACUAUGAUCCUCAUCUCAUUCGGUUUGUUGUUGGCCGUAGGCUCCAGCUUCUGCGAACUUCUACACAGGCGUUGUCCCUGGCUAUGCAGUUCCAUCGAGUUGAUGACUUGAAUCUGAGCGUCAAUCUAGAUUUUCAUGAUGCAGCAAGGUAUGGAAGCUUCCUGAAUGAAGCUAAUAAGCUGCCCAAAUGUAAGAGCUUUUGCAUAUUCUUGUGGUGGGGACGCCAUGCCUUGCUGCCUGUCAUGUUGCAUCUCUUGAGGAGUUGCAAUGAUACAAAGAAGCUUCAAGUACAUUUAUGUGGUUCUUCGCCCCAACCAGUGAUGCAUUCUUGCCUGCCGUCUUGCCUUUGUCGUUCAGAAGAGAGUCGCAAGAUUGAUGGCAUUGAUCUCAAUUCACUUGAAGUGGCAGAAAUCAGUGGGUUUUCAGGUUCUCAUGAGCAAAUGGAACUUGUGGAGUUCCUAUCCAACAAUGCAGGAGUCCUUAAAAGGUUGCUCAUCAAUGACGAGUUUUGUUCUAUGCCCAAGGAAGUACGUGAGAAGGUCCGUAGCAUGUGUCAUCCAAAUGUUGAAGUUGGUUUCUUUGUGCUUCGCAAGGGGAGGCAGCUGGGAGAUGACAGAACCCGUGUACUACCAUUGCUCAGCAAGUGUGUUUACCAUGAUCGUUCAGUAGCUCUUGUGCUAUCACAAAGUCAUCAUCUGCGAAACGAGCUGCUUGUGGCAUGUGACUACUACGUUGAGCUUCGAGGUACAGACGAAAAGAGAUGAGGUCAUGGACUACGAAUCUUCAGAGUCACAUUCCGCCUCCGGCCCUUCCAAGGAAACACGCUUCUCCUGAUGCCACUCGUUCCUAUCGAGAAAUCCGCUCAUCAGCAUCGUGUUGGAUGUGGGAUAUGUUGCUGAUGAAUGUAUAUGGAGAGGAUAUGUACAAUAGGUUUUUUUUUUUUUGAGGGCAGAUAUGUACAAUAGGUUGGGCAGUAACUAUACACACAUGUGAAAAGAGAAGAGGUGCGUGCUGAUUUCUCAUUAAAUUUACA